GUCCCGAGCUCGAUGAACGAGAAUGAAGAGCCCCAUCAUGCGGUGAGUAUUUUCUAAUCAGCCUGAAUGACAAGGACUCUCAAUACGGUCACCUGUGUUCGCCUGGAGUGCAAUUUCUAGGUCGCAAACGACACGCGCAUGAAUAAUUAAUGAAGACAAAGAUCACAAGUGAAAAGUGCCACAGGUUGCAGCAAACACAAAUUUCGGCGCCUUCAAAUGGUGAUGUGUUUUCGUCGAAUCGAAGACGAGGACUGCUAGGUCUUCGCUGUUGGUUUAGUCUUGUUGCGAUCCUAGAUCAUGAAAGGCGGUUGAAACCCGCAGCUGUGACUCAUAACCUUUCAGCAUAUUCACUGACAUAUAUGUUCUGAUUCACGAUAAUGAAAAACACAAGUUAUAUUAUUUGUAUCCUAUAUGCAGCUGA